AUGGCAGUGAAUGACAAUUACAGACUUGACAACCAGGCGGCCAUCCCUUCACCUUUCAAUGAGACCCUUCCGGCUUUCUUCCGGGCAUGGGAUAACCCAGAGUCAAAGGAUGAAGACUGGCUACAUUUCUUUUCGCCCGAGUGUGCAGUCAAAUUUGGAGGGCAUGCCAUGAGAGCUGGAUUCAUUAAUGCAGUCAAGGGCCCAGUUGUAGAUCUACAGCAUAAUUUGAAGACGUGCUGGAUGCCGGCUGGUGGAUUGGAUGGCGGAACCGAAGCAUUUAUCAUCCAGAGCUCUAUCUGGUAUCGGCUGAUCGAUGGUCGGAAGAUAGAUGCUGAUUGCACUUCUUAUAUCAAGUUGACGCCGAAAGGUCAGGGAUCAUGGGUUGCAAUAGAGCAUGAAGUGUUCAUGUCCUCAUUUCACAUCAUGGAUGCGGUCAAUGGCUUGACCGCUGGCGGCACC